AUGUCGCAAGUUCACGGCGAAACAGAGAAGAAAUCAAAUGCCAACGCUGUCAAUGAUGAUGUCGGAGAAGUCGUCGUCAGCGGAGGGAUGAUGAAUGGUGAUUCAGAGAGCCUCUACUCAUUGCUUUGCAUCAUGAUCGGUUCGAUUCUGUUUCCGGAUCCGAAAACAAGGGAUGCCUCCUCGUCUUCUCUGCUUCAACGAAUAAGAAACUCGGUCGCUGACUAUGGUCCGAAGCUUCGAGAAGCUUCUCGGAAAACUUCACGCGAUAUUCUCCAAUGGACUCGUCGUGGCAGCCCGCUUCGUGCACUGCUUGUCAUCACUAUAGGAACAAUAGUGAUUCUUACAAUAGUAGCUUUGGUUGUCUUCAUGCUCUUCUUUCUAGCUGCAACAGCCAACGCAAUCAUAAUCUCUCUUUUGUUUUCGCUUGCUGUUGCUGGUGGCUUCUUGUCUAUCUUCUUUCUCUCCUUGACCGCUACUUACAUCGGAGCCUUAUCCGUUGCUGCUUUCGUCAUCUCUACUGCUACAGUUUCAGCUGUUGUUUCCAUCUUAUUUGCCUCAGGUUGGAUUGGGUUCUUCUAUCUUGUGUGGUUGGGAGCAAGAGGAAGCCUGCGCUUGGCGAAGCAAGUGAUGGGGUUAGCCAUUUCAGGUAACAGUUUCAGUCUUCAUCAAGACAAAGAUCAAGAGGUUGUAGGCAUCGAAUCAUCCAGAGAGAAUCCUUCUCUUUAG